AGUUCAGAGACAUUGUUCUCAAGGUACACAAUGGCGAGGCUUACCAGAGCCAAAUCCCGGGAAAGGACAGCUGCUAAGUCAGUUCGGCGCUCGUUGAUCGCUGUUUACGUUGCGGUCGGUCGAGUUUCAUGUGACGAUAUCGGUGUAUAGCCUUGAAGCCCACGCCUUGCCUUCUUCUAUCACCGGCUGCGAGUGACUAUCGCUUCUUUGUUGGCAGGCAGAGAUCCAUCUAUACUCUGCAGGUCUGCCACAAAAUUAGCUUCGCGCCAAGCCGAAUGAUACUCCGCCAACACCACAAUGACCAACGAAUCCCCUCCUGAUAGGACACCAGAGCGCGUAGGUACCCAAAGCACGUCAGUUCCUCAAGGCGAAGAAACAAGUUCUCCAGGUGCUGCAAGGAGGACCGUCUUCGGGAUCAGGCAAAAACCUCGCCAGCGACCUGCGACUUCUUAUGAUUACGAAGAGAAGUACGGCGAGGAUGCGUAUGGAGAAGAGCUAGGUCCUAACGCGCGAUUCUGGCAUGUUUCGCUCGACGAAGGGCGCGUGUAUGAUGCGGAUAUGGUGGAGGGUUGGCGCGACACGCUGGACGUACUUCUUGUCUUCGCUGGUCUCUUCUCUUCGGUUGUGACCACCUUCGUCGUACAGUCAUCUCAGGCAUUGCAGACCGACUACGCGCAAAUCUCGGUGACCCUACUGUCGGAGAUGAUCGCUAUACAGAGAGCGUGGGCGGAGGGCUCGCCAGUGAAAGACGUGGCCCGCUCGCACAUCUCGCUCAGCGCCGUGUCUGCGAGCAAACUCGACUACUGGUGCAACGGCUUGUGGUACAUGAGCCUUUCUCUCAGCCUCUCCGUUGCCCUGAUGACCGUGCUUGUCAAACAGUGGCUGCAGGUCUACCAAGGUCACGUCUCCGGCACGCCCAAGCAUCAGGCGCUCAUCCGCCAAUUUAGGCUCAUUGGCGUGGAGCGGUGGAACGUCCCGCUCAUCGUCGGUCUUCUGCCCAUGCUCCUUCAUGCAUCGCUACUGCUCUUCUUCGUCGGCUUGUCGCUCUACACAUUCUCCCUCGACACCACGAUCGCGUACGUCGUCAUCGCGCUCGCUGGCUCCGCCUACUCGCUCUAUAUCGUCGCGAACGUCCUGCCGAUGUUCGACCCGCAGUGCCCAUACAAGACCCCGCUAUCGAAUUAUGGAUCACACCUCUUAUGGGGCGCGCUCACUGGCGUACACGGAUGGGUACGCCGCCUCGAGCAGGACAUACUGCCCGGACCGGGCGCUACUGGUGCGCCCCCGAAUUUGGAAUCAGCAUCUUGUGUCCGCCGCUAUAUGACGUUCGCCAGAACGCGAGCUCUAUCCCGCCUGAAGAAGCUCGCACGCCUCCUCCCACUGUCAACUCAGUGGACGCCCCGGACCCGCGAAGCUAUCGCCGCAGCCCGCGAUGAGACUUCGCUCAUGAUCGACUGCCUAUCCUGGGUGCACGCAACGACCUCGGACCCGAGCGCCGUCAACAUCACCGUCCAAGCCGUAUCCGGGCUACCUUCAAGCGUCGCGGACGAGCCCAUAUCGCACGGGGGCAUGCUCGACGAGAUCCUCUCUCGCUUGGAGAUUCUGGCGGAGAGCCGCAUUGCGGAGGAUGAGCAGUAUAGUGUCAGGGAGCGCCUGGCGCGCAGCUUGUUAUUCUUUGCGAUUCCGGAUGACGCGCGGACGAGGCGGAGGAUUGGCGAGGCUGUCUUCUGUUUGGACGCUGCCGUCGUGCUGCAUGGGAUGGGGCGUGAUACGGCAGAACUGCAGGGCGCCGUCCUCGCGCUGGCCGCGAGCGAUUGCUUCGACGGAUGUCUCAGUCUGCUCGCCACGGACACCAUCGACAGGCUGCCCUUCCUCUAUGCGUCGCCGCCUUCCUCGCUCCGCCUCCGGCCCAUCGUAUGGAAGCGCGCGCUGCAGCUCUUCGCUCAAGGGGCUGAGAUUUCGCCCACGAACGCCGUGCAUCUGGCGCUCUUCCUGUGGCGUCGUGCCGAGGGGAACUGUAGCACGAAGUUGUCGAGGCUGCUUUCGGACGACGAUCUCGUUCAGGCUAUGUCGGAUGCGCGCGGGCGAGGGGAGGGGUUGGACGCCCUUCGCGCCAGCUACGCGCUUCUGUGUGGUCACAAGUGCUCGGAACUGGAUCUUGCUCAGGACCCUAUAUUGCACGAGGGCCUACUCCCGCACCUGCUCCGAGUGGCAUUCGAGCGACUCGCGAACGCGGCGGAGGAGUUCAACCAGCAGCGGAUAGCACGCAGCGAGAGGCAGUUCUACGUCGACCUCCACCACGACGAGCUCCAGUUCCUUUCGUCCAUCGCCAAGGCUGCGCUGUCGGACGAGCAGGCGUGGGACUUGUUCGGGACGAUCACGAGGCUGGUCAAGCUGCCGCUGUGGCGACUCGAAGCCCGGGCGGACUUGCUCGACGUGUACCAGCGGCAAGAGAGCACGCCGUCGUGGGCGGCGAGGCCGCUUUUGCAGAACCUCGUUCAGUUGCUCUCGAGUCCACCAAGUGCGGAUCGAGCGCAUGUCAGAGGCGUAAAGUCUGCACUGCGCCAGAUUGCCACGAUCUUUGAGCGAUGUCCGGACGAGGCGCUGGACGAUAUCCUUCUCGCGCUCAGGCCGUACUCGCGACUCGACGUGCAGGAAGACAACAAAUCCCCGGCGUACGUCGACGCGACCGAGAUAUUGGCCGACAUCCUUUCGGCGUACUUCGUGGGCAUCUUCAACGCUUGCGGCGACGACGACGAAAGGACCAUCGAUGUGCGCGCUCACCUCGACUACUUGACGCGCUGCGACGACUACGGCAACGGCCAAAACCGCUUGACGGGGUGUUUGGGCAUCGACCUCCUCGUGGUGGCCAGCUCAGAUGGCGAGGAAGUCCAUCAGUUGCAUCAAGCCUGCCUGCGAUUGGCAGAGCAGACAUCGGAAUCUUACGCUGUGGGCUGGACUGGCGCUCUUGCUGCCAUAGCCUUGCAAGGGGAGCUGGCUACGACUCCCCUGGGACGCGCCCUUCGUAGCGUGCACGGGACCCGGGCGUAUCGCGACUUGCUGAACGCGACAUCUUCCAGUGUAGUCGUCGCGGGCCUCCAGUCGCCGAUGGAGAACGACAUUGUGAAGCUUGCAAGUCUCGCAGAUACGCAGCCGGAUCGUAUUGUGGACGAGUCGGAGGGCAUGUCAGUUGAUAAGCAGCACGAAGAGGAAGGAGAGGAUGAUGAGCGGACGUUGUGCCAGGAGUUUCAUGACGACGAUGAUUCCGAGCGAGACGCUUGACAGCAGAUGGUCAGGGUCUUUGUCGGUGUUCAAAGUAGCUUGAUAGGUCCAUGUUUGGCAAUGUUGUUGUUGAUG